CAUGUAAGUGCAUGUUCACAAUCCCCCACAAACAGCAGCUGGACUCACAAACUCAGUUAAAUCUAAACCUGGUUAAUAUCCGUCGUUUGGGGGACAUUGUUGAAUAAACUACAGAAUCUGACACGUGACAAGAGGACAAGGAGACACAACGAGGAGGACACGAAGCAGCACCUGCUGUGUGGGACACUUUACACAAACGUCAACAGUGUUUUUGUCCCUCGACGUUAAAAAGUAGUUGUCUGCCAUGUGACCCGUCAGCCGAGACAGAAUGUCAGCCGGCAUGUGGAGCCUGUUGACCGGUAAGCGACACCACCCUUCCUCGGUGUCGCCCAACUGAACCGCAACACGUCGGCUUCUUUCCUCCGGUUCUUCUUCUUCCCUUCUUUUUCCAAUUUAGUCUUCAGUUAAGUUACCGGUGAACCGGGAGUUUCUGAGCAACAUGCGCUCCUUAGCGGGACUGGGGGCCCUUGUGGCGGCUGCAAGUUUCUUCCUCUACCUGCUGUCCACUCAUCUUCCCCCGGGACCGACGCGCGUCCAGCCGGACUCCGAGGGGGAGGACGAGGGGGUCCAGGAGUACAGGCUGAAGUUCCCGUCGGACCUGGAUGAGCUGCGGGAGCUCGCAGAGAUGCUCAAGUUUUAUAAAAGAGAACAUCACAGCUACGUCCUGCUGCUGUUCUGCAGCGCCUACCUCUACAAGCAGUCCUUCGCCAUACCCGGCUCCUCCUUUCUGAACAUGUUAGCCGGUGCGAUAUUUGGGCCGUGGGAGGGUCUGGCGUUGGCGUGCCUGCUCACCACUCUGGGCUCCACAUUCUGCUUCCUGCUCUCCUCUACAUUUGGAAAGCAGCACGUGGUUCGGUUCUUCCCAGAGAAGGUGGCUCUGCUGCAGAGGAAGGUUGAAGAAAAUCGUAGCAGUUUGUUCUUCUUCCUCCUUUUCCUGCGUUUCUUCCCUAUGACUCCUAACUGGUUCCUUAACAUCACCUGUCCCGUCCUGAACAUCCCUAUGCCCAUCUUCUUCUUCUCUGUGUUAAUAGGUUUGAUGCCAUACAACUUCAUCUGUGUUCGCACGGGCUCCAUCCUCUCCGAGAUCUCCUCCCUGGAUGAUAUCUUCUCCUGGGGGACGCUGGCUCAGCUCCUCGCCAUCGCCCUCAUGGCUCUCCUCCCUGGAGCGCUGAUCAAACAGUACAGCGAAGGUCACCUCAACAUGGCCGGCAUGGACAGUAACGGACCCAGCCAGGCUGCUAUCAAGCAGGACCGGAAGAGACGAUGAUUCUGGGACAAAAGAGGGACACAACAUCGUGCCAGAAGACAUGGAACAAAACUCUCCACCGGUCAGCAUGUGACCUCUGGAGCUCUGUAAGGUCACACCAAAGGCUCAAAGAUCUAAAGUUUUAUGAAAUUCCUUAGAUUUACAUUAAUUAAACCAGGUCUUAAAGUUGAGGCCCUAUUAGUUGACACCCUCAGGACAACACUGUGAUGAGGGUGUCACAGUAAUACAACAGCUUAAAAAUAAACACAAUCACUUUGAUUGUCUUGAUGUGAGACAUUAAACAUGUGACUUGUAAAGCCCCUGAACACCCACACAGAGUAGUCCUCUUCUCAGGACUGUGUGGGCGCUUAUAGUCAUUGAUUGACUUCUCCCCCGACUCCUCUUGGUGUGUUGCGCCUGUUAGGGCGGGACAAAUUCCACCUUUAGAUAAAGAUUUAUGACCUAAUGAUCUCUCAUCACAGCUCCAGCCCACAUUGAACCUGAGCAGAGGUCUGAUCAGCCAGGAUAACUGAAGACACCUGUGUGGGUGUUCAGAGGCUUGUGGAAUAGUUAUUACUCUCUGUGAUCUCAGUGACAGUCAUCCCAGACGACCAAUUACUGCCGAUCAGGCAAUAACCGAUGUUUGUUUCUCGGCCCACCAUCAGUUGUCCAGAGUAUUGUGCCAAUACAUCACGAGAGCCUUAAAAGUCAUUUGCUCUGUGCAUUACAGUAAGAUCAGACAGCGUCUCCUCUCCUCAUGUUUACUCUCCUACUGCUGCACAUUUGCAGCCGUUAUGGAAUUCCAGGAAUUGCAUGGAAAACCUUUUUUUUUGUUGUUGCACAUAUGGACUUUUAAACGUUUAAGAAUGAGUCUCUGUCAUUUCCUAAAGCACUCACACACGUGUCUUAAUGUCGCUGUGGCUGCAUUCACAGAUGAGUUUCACAGCAGCUGUGAUCCUCUCAUGCUCCUCUCCUGAUCCUCUCAACAAAGAAAAGACAUCACCACAUUUUAGCACCAACAUGCUGUAAAUUGGUGCUUUUUUUACCGUCAGUUUCUGUGCAGCUCCACGAACAGACGUUGCUCAAGAUGCCCUGAGGGAGUUCACUAACUACCUCACUUCUUCACUAAACUCAGACAGUGCAGGGUUUUACUGUAUGUAUGUAGAUACUGUGUGGAUGUAUGUGUUGCAGUGGAAGUUAGCAUUCAUAGGCCUGAUCCUUUCAUCUUGCAAAAGAUGGAUGAGUUACUCUUUCAUAGGAUUUCAUUUGGAGCCAUCGCUCCUGUGAAUAUGCAACCUGUAAUAUGUGGCGUUGCACUUUAUGUUUGUUGAUAAACAGAUAAACUGCUUGGAAUUAUGUAUUUAUUUUUAAUCAGUAUUUUGCAGUUUGUAAAGGAUUAAAUUGUAUCAGAAAACAUGA